AUGUAGUUAUUCUGGGGUGAUGAAUUUGAAGGUAAUGUGAUAAAUUUGUAUGAUGAUUAGAAAUUAGCACUUUUGAGCCCUAAUACUAGUGGCUUAUUUCAAAGUUUAGGUGAAGAGCAAUAGAAGAAGUUGCCAUUUGUAAUAUUACCAGAAUUUGUUGCUUGGAUGAUUGAAUUGACUCCAAACAAACCUUAUCAAUGCAUGUGCUUCAAUUUCGAUCAGGUGUCAAUAAAUAUGAGAAAGAGAAUUCAAACACUCUAAAGCUAUCUACCACAUGGUUUAUCAUGA